CAGCAUUUCACCAUAUUGGGCAAAACACGUUGAAAGCAUUAGCCGGUAUAAAUUCUUCUUGUUUUAAGAACUGUUUCAUAUUUGCGAAACAGCUAUUGUCGCAAAAUGCCACCAAAGAAGAAGGAUGAUGGGGCAAAUGCCCCCCCUCCACUCAUUGGACGAAUAGGAACAAAUCUGAAAAUUGGAAUCGUGGGACUGCCAAAUGUGGGAAAGUCUACAUUCUUCAAUGUUCUCACGAAAAGCCAGGCCAACGCAGAAAAUUUCCCAUUCUGCACCAUUGAUCCCAAUGAAAGCCGUGUUCCUGUGCCGGAUGAGCGAUACAAUUUCCUAUGUGAACAUUACCAGCCUGCCAGCAAAGUCCCAGCUUUCUUGAACGUGGUUGAUAUUGCUGGGCUUGUGAAGGGAGCCCACGAGGGCAAGGGGCUUGGUAACGCUUUCCUCUCAAACAUCAAGGCCUGCGAUGCCAUCUUCCAUGUUGUCAGGGCAUUUUCUGAUGAAGAAGUAAUACACGUUGAGGGGGAUGUGGACCCGUCACGUGACCUGCAAAUCAUCCAUGACGAGCUCCGCCUCAAGGAUCUGGAAGCUGUAAACAAGCAGUUGGAGCCACUCGAGCGCACUGUCGGUCGCGGAUCUGAUAAAGGAAAAAAGCCAGAAUAUGAAUGUCUGAAAAAAGUUCAUGAAUGUCUGAAUAGUGGAAAGUGGGUCAGGAAUCUCCAUUUUGAUGCAAAAGAGAUUGAUAUUUUAAACCAGCAUUUGUUCAUCACCGCAAAGCCGGUCAUAUAUUUAGUAAAUAUGUCAGAAAAGGACUAUAUACGAAAGAAAAACAAAUGGUUGCCGAAGAUCAAGGAAUGGGUAGACAGCAAUGAGGCCGGGGCGACUGUGAUCCUGUUCAGUGCUGCAUUCGAGCUUAACCUCCUCGACCUUCAAACUGAAGAGGAGAAGCAGGCUUACAUUAAGGAGAAAGGAGCACCAAGUGCUCUAGAGAAGAUCGUUGUCACGGGAUACAAGGCUCUAGGCUUAAUAUACUUCUUCACUGGUGGAAAAGAUGAGGUCAAGUGUUGGACUAUACAGAAGGGCACGAAGGCCCCCCAGGCAGCAGGACGUAUCCACACAGACAUGGAGAAGGGCUUCAUUAUGGCUGAGGUGAUGGCCUAUAACGACUUCCAUGAGGCCGGAUCAGAUGCUGCAUGCAAGGCUGCAGGGAAGUACAAACAGAAGGGUCGAGAGUAUGUAGUGGAAGAUGGGGACAUUAUUUUCUACAAGUUUAACGCGGGGGCGGGGCUUACUGGCAAGAAGAAAUAGUCCAAACUAUUGCUGUUUGUGUCUGUUAUAGGACAUUUACGACUUCAUUCAUACAAUAUCGGCAUAUGCUGGCUUGCCCCGAAUGCACCUGCUUAUCGAAAAUUAUGGGAUUGGUCCAUGUCAGACCAGACGUCAGAAAAAAAUCAGGCAAAACAAGACAUCGCGUAACCAGCUUACGUCAGCAUAUGCCAAUGUUGUGAAUGAAGUCCUGUCAUUCUUUCCUGUGUAACUUGAGCCUACAAUGCUAAACUAACUAUUCUUAUUGUUACUUUUCUUAACUUAUUGGAUGAAUUAAUGUUUAGUUUGCUAUCAGGAUAAAAACAGAUUUGAUUUUCAAAUACACUGUAUCUCAACAGAUGUUUAUAUGAGCUUUCUAUGGAGAAUGAUGUUAACUGCAGUUGUUCAAGGAACAAGGCUAAUCAAAUUUCUAUAAAAUUUGAGUUUGCAAUGAAAUACAUGUAUCACAUUUUCAAUUUUAAUGAUUGUUUUAACUAUGAUUAAGCGGAAUAUUUGACAUUGAAUACAAUUAAUUGUGUUUCAUAACAGGACUUUCAGCUUAAAGUCUUAAUUAGAUAAAACAACAAUAUUGUUGUGCUGAUAACAACUUUAGCUGAAACAAGACACGUAUGCCAUGAACUUGGUUAACUGUGAGCCGAAAAACUUGUUACACAACUAAAUUAGGAUGAACUAGAUGUGCUUGCUUUGACCAUGCCGCAAAAUAUAAGCGACGUUUUUCAAAAUAGUUAAGUGAUUUUACAAUAUAUACUAUCAUGUAUGUGCUAUCAAGAAAACUUGUAUGUGCUAUCAAGAAAACUUGUAUGUGCUAUCAAGUGGUUUUUGUUCAAGCCUUUUGUUUUAUUGUAUGCUUUCCAGUGGUUUAUAGAAUAUUAUAAUUAUGAUGUUAUUAUUGUCAUCGUGGAAUAAGACUUGAUUCUUCUAUCCUUUUUUACAAGUUUUUAGCAUUAAAUAAAGAUUGAUGAAUUCAGCGAUAUAUCUCUAUGUGAUUUUAUCUUGUGAACACAAAAGUUCACAUUUCCUUUCUUUAUGUUUAAUAUAAAUGAUAAUUGUUAACUUUAUUUAUAAACUCACUCAUGUAUGGUUAUUUUUUACCCCCCAAUUGGCAUAUUUUUUGUGCUUUAAGAUAGCAAUAAAAAUCCAGGAAAAUAUAUUAAAACGCCUUAAAAUUGUUUAUUCUAAGUUUUCCAUUGAUGUAUGUUAUAUGAUGAAUGAAGCAGGAAAAAAAGA